AUGCCCGCUGGAGUCAGAAAGUCCAUCAAGUCCGAGGCCAGGUCUCUGUCUCGGCGGCCAGUCAAGAAGAAGGAGCCCAAGUCUGAGGAUGACUCGCGGUCUCCAGAACGGUACUCAAUGAGCUCUACUGGCAGUCGUCGCCCCAGCACUGACUCCAGCGAGCGCUUCUCGGACCGCACACGCACCAGGUGCCGCCGCAGAGAUUCUGAGAUUGAGGACAGCACGGCCCCAGACAAGGCCCCUAGUUGGAUGAAGCAGCUGAUUGAAGGCAUAAGAACCUCGAAUUACCGCAUCGAGGCGAUGGAGCAGAACUUCGCGCAGGAGGUGCAGGUGCUUCAAAGUUCCAUCUCGAACACGGAUAAGAAUGUCCAAUCGCUCAAUUUUAAGCUCCAGACCCUUGAGGCGUCCACGGCAGUCUCCAUCCAAGAGGCGGUCGCGGCGGCGGUCGACACCAAGUUGAAACGCAUCGACGCGACUCUGUGUGAGCUCCAGAGUACUCCUACCCCACGGUCUGGACCGACGGCUCGACGAGCACCUACUCCUGGCCCACGCCAGGAUGGUAGGCACUCAGCUAUGGAGCGCGCUCACCGUGUGAUCGUGGUCGGCUUCCCUCGGAAGAUGAUGCAGGCCUCGCUGAGGCGCGCCGCUGAUCUGAUCCUGGCCUCUGGCGUUCCUCAGUCCUCCCCACGCCCGACGGUACGCACGUACGACAUGACCAAGAAGAUCACCUUGGACUUCACGGACUCGACAAAGGCCACCGACUUCCUGAACAUGCUCCAGGCAGGUGCGCCAGUCCAAUUCCCCGACCCGAUCUACCCCCAACAGAUGAUCACCCUCCGCGCCAAGAGGGACAUGGCACCAGGCACGCGGCUACUCUUCCUUGCCAUGGGUAAGGUUCGUGGUGUACUCGCUCCCGUAGUGCGACAGGUGGGCAAAGAAAUGGGGUCCAAUGGUCUUGGUGGAGAUGUGCAUAUCCUUCGUUCGGCGGAAGACCCAGCUCAGAUCUGCCACAUUGACCUCGUGAACAAUGAGUCUGAGCCGCCCCAG